AUGAGUCUGAAAUGUGUAAUGCUUGCUGAAAGCAGCAGAAUAUUACUAAAGCGUGGGAUUCACUCUUCUACCCCAGUCAACGGUGUGAUUCGAGAUGCCCCUAGGAAGGCUCGAGAGCUCGCAAAUGCUAGCGGUGACGGAAAGGAUGAAGCUGGCAAAUCUGUCGAGGAUGCGAAAGCACAAGUUCGAGCUUCUCAUGGCACAUAA